GCGCCGCCCCGCCCCCUCGAAGAUCAGCCAAUGGGCGCGCAGGAUCCGCCCCAUGACGACACGAGCCCCUCCCCUGGAGACGCGCGCCACGCAGCCGUCACCGGCCAAGGGAGUGAAGGAACUGAGGGGUGUGGGGCUGCCGACGGCUGGGCGUAGGGUCCGCUGCGCGGCCGCCAUGAAGCUUACGCGGAAGAUGGUCCUGACCCGUGCCAAGGCCUCGGAGCUGCACAGCGUACGCAAGCUCAACUGCUGGGGCAGCCGUCUCACAGAUAUUUCCAUAUGCCGGGAAAUGCCCAGCCUGGAGGUGAUCACCCUCAGUGUCAACAGCAUAUCAAGCCUGGAGCCCAUGAGCCGCUGCCAGCACCUGAGUGAGCUGUACCUGCGGAAAAACUGCAUCCCCAGCCUGACUGAGCUCUUCUACCUGAAGGAGUUGCCGCGCCUGCGGGUGCUGUGGCUAGCCGAGAACCCGUGCUGCGGCACCAGUUCCCACCACUACCGAAUGACCGUGCUGCGCACCCUGCCCCGCCUGCAGAAGCUGGACAACCAGGCUGUGACAGAGGAGGAGCUAUCCCGUGCAUUGAUGGAGGGAGACGAGAUCACCACCCCGGGCAGAAUGGGCAUGGACAAUGGCUGCCCUGAGCCAUCCUACACUCUGGGCCCCAUCAGCUCUGCUGCCGAGACCAACCGGGACUUGCUGGGCAACAGCGAGGAGGAGGCAGACAGUGACCAGGGCCAGCUCUGCCAGAAGCCCCUUUCCCAGGACCAGUUUCCUUCUUUCUCACAAAGGGACACUUCCAGCAGUCACAAGAACAGGAAUAUCCUGACCGCCAUCCUGCUGCUGCUGCGGGAGCUGGAUGUGGAGGGGCUGGAGGCUGUGCAACAGACAGUGGGCAGCCAGCUGCAGACCUUGCGUAGGCGGGAGCGACCAGAGCUGCAAGAGCAUGCAAAGUGACCAUCCUGGGAACCUGGACAGGCCCUCUACAUGGAGCCCAGUGGCUCCCUGGCAGCUGGGAGCUGGAGAGCCACUGCUGCAGCCCCACAUGGAAACCAACCUGGUUUGCUACACAGGCUGGGGAUAUUGGGAAUGUCUGACAGGCUGAGUGACCUGGCUCCUGUUUCAGCGGCCAAGGAGGAACCAGCAGGGCUGGGAGAGAUGGCUGCUCACACCAGGACGUCUGGAACUCCCUUCUGUGCUUGGUAGGAUCUGGGCUCCGCUUGGCACUUCUUAAAGAGAGGGCUGGUGGGCAUCCUUCGCAAUAAAGCAUUAUCCAAAUCAGAUAUGGAGGCGCUAGCUCCCACAUAGCAGGCUGGCCCUGACAUUCUUCUGAGGUUAGGCUGUGUCUCGGCAUGAGAGGGCACAGUCAUGAGCGGCUCUGCUGCUUCAGUCCUUAGUCCUCGGACAGGUUUCUGUGGCCCACCAGAGACAAUUGGAAUGGUGACAUCCCUGCUGACAGCUGACUUGGCUCGCCAUUGCCUGCUUCUGUUGAGAAUAUUUUUUUUGGUGCAAGGUGGGACAUAGGCACCCUCUCUCCUCUGAAGAACAUUGCAGGAGUUGGGGCGUCCACCUGGCUCCAAGGGAAACCUAGGACUGCAGCCCUGCUCUAUUGGCUCCAGGCAUGGCCACCAGAAGCAGCUGGGCAUCUGAAAGGUUUUUCUCUGGAAGAGCCACAGGUCUGGUGAGGAUGCCAGAGUUUGGGCAAUGACCCAAAGCUCUGGGACUUUCCUAGUGUCCCCCAAAAGGAUGCAAUCACAUGAAAGGGGAAGAGUGUAGCCUUUGAGCCACUAUGGAGAAAAAUCAUCUGCUGUGGUGACACAAGUGGAACUGAAGCAAGAGGUGGCUUUCCCUCUGCCCCCAUCCAGUUAGGAGUUGGAACACAGAUCUCCAUCAUGCCCACAUCCCCAACAGACUGAGAGCAUGUUGGGUUGUGUAGUGACAGCAUGGGGAGACCACUGCUUGCCCAAGCCUGGCCAUGUGCAGACUGUCACACCAUUUGAAGAAGAAGCUGCAUGCAUCUUGGUAAGAUCCAUUUUCAGAAUUGGCAGGAGCCACUGCAGCUGGACCUGGAAGCUUAGGGAAAGGAAUUUUGUCUGUGGGGUGCUUCGUAAGCUCUUGGGAGGAUGGGAGGCAGCACUGGGAACUCCUGGGGCCUGUCCAUGCCUCGUUGUCAUGUGAUGUCAGAUGCUCAGUUAAUCUC